AUGUCGACAUCUGACUCAUCUCGCAGCAUGGGAAGGUGGGCAAAUGGCGUCAAGGUGUCAGUCUACCUCAAGAAGAAGGACGGAAUGACCAACGCGCAGUUCUCCCAACACUAUGCCCACGUCCAUGCGGCUCUUGCUGGCCCAGUCCUGCUCCGACACAGUUGCAUUUCGUACGCACAGCUGCACUGCAACAGCGAUACAGCCAGAUCAUCCAUCGCUAGUCUCUUCGGCCCAGAUGCUCUCAACCCUCGAAGCGCUAUGCAGAUCAUGCCCUUUGACGCUUGCUCCUCUUUCGUCUUUGCCAGCCUCGUGGACGCACGCGGCUUCUUCAGCGAUCCAGAAACCACUUGCGUCCUUGCUGCAGAUUCGUCCAACUUUACCAACCCUGUCGUCAUGCAGGUCGCCAUUGGCCGCGAGUUUGUCGUCAUUCAAGACGAACAGGCUCAGCACAAGUAA